UAAAGCGAGGCAGGCAGCUCACUUUGCGUAGUUGGUCGUGAACCCUCCACGGUAUUGGUCGCGCUUUUUUCGCCGUCGCUCUCCUGAAAGUCGUAUAAUUUCGCUAGCCCUCCACAAUACAAAGCGCACAAAGAAAAUAAAUCGCCAGCGCUAGUUAACUGAUUGAAAUUGCAAUUGCAAUGCCUAAAAUGCGUACGUGAGUUUCGCGCAGUGUUGCUGUGAAAGUUCAAGUGAAAGCAGAUAGAAGAAAAAACAAACCGUGAAUACUUGCAAAGCAAUAAACCAAAAAGUGCAAAAAUACGUAAAGUUUCAAAAAAAGAAACAAGUUAUACAAAACCAUAUUAAAACCAGCCAUGCUGUGUCCGCUGAUCGGCUUUGGCUUUCUACAUGCCCCCGUGCCACCGCCUAGCACCUUGGAGAAGAAGAAAGUCUGUCGCAAUCUAUUCAACACCGCCCCCGGGGACGCGGAAGUCGAUCAGCUGUUGGCCCAGGAGCAGCAGAAGAAGAGAUUUUACGUCAAGGAGCGCUUCGGAUUCGAUAUCCAGCAUGAGGCUCGUCGGAGUGCGGAUGCGGAUGCGAAUGUGAAUGCGGAUGCGGUUAGGGGUACGGAUACGGAUGCCCAGGCCCUCCGCGGAAUGCGAUAUCCAACCACACGGACGAUACCCAGUAGCGAUGCCGAUGAGUGCAAUCCGAAGGCAGUAAGCGAAGCGCCGAGGGGCAUAGCCCUGACUCCCGCAGAGAUCUCCACCAGCGCACGGCUGAUCCUCCGGAAAGGUCCAGAAAGCAACAGCAGUGCGGAUUUGGCCAACAGCACGAGACAUGUCCAUAAGCCGUAUGCGAUGCAGCCACAAGGCCUCAAAGGCAUGUACAACGUUCGCAAGGUUGUGAAGGGUAUUUCGAAAUCCAACGUCAAGAAUAGUUACAACAAUUACAACAGCAACAAGAACAAUAUCAAUAACAACAACAACAACAAUACGAUUAAUAAUAUUGAUAAUGGUACUAGCGAAUUGACAGAUAAGAAGCAGUAACUUUGGAUCAGGAUCAGAAAUGACGGCGAAUGGGCCCCUGGUGGAGCAAUAAUUGCAAUAUAUGAUAUUUAUUGUAAAUGUAAUUUUAAUUUCUAAAAUAAUUUGUUUAUUUUUUUGUACCCCCGCCAUACACAGAUACCCUUGUGUAUGGAUUGUAAGUUUGUUUUAAACCAAGACUUGACGGUCCCAAAAUGUUGUUGCAUAAAAAAUGAUUAAGUGAAUGGAAAAAAAAUGAUGAAAAAAAAGCCAAUCAGAAACAACAACAAAACUAAAAACCCAGAAAAGAUCGGCGCGCGUGCACGGCACAAAAACAGGCAAACAAAUCUAUGAUUAAUAAUAAUAGUAGUAUAUCCGGGUGCAUGGCGAUAUCGGUCUUAUAAUGGAAAUUAUUAAGUUAUGGAUACGUGCUAGUGUUAGACAAGCGAUCGACGGCGCCAUGCAUCCAUUAUAUAGACUUUAAACCCCAACCCAAACCAAUUCAAGCGUUCUCAGCGUGUUUUCGGGUCCAGAUGCACGCGUGUGCCAAAAGUAUUUACAAUUUACUUUGUGUCAUGAUCUCAAUUAUUAAAAACAAUUUUAUUAUUUUGUUUAUCCAA